GCAUGCGCAGUCUGACAUAGACCUGACAACAAGCUAUCGGAUGUGAGAGCCCUUGAUGAUAUGGGCAUUGCGCUGGCAUUUCAAUUCUUCGGAUUAGCUACCUAGCUAGAGUCAAAUGAACAACGCCUUACAAAUAUUGAAUUGUCAAUUUUAGAUGCUAUAAUCGCCUUUCUGUAUUCUCACUAUGCCGAGCAAUAAGCUUGAGAAACCUGACAAGCAGGAGGUCAAUGAUAAUGUCAAGGUGGUGGUGAGAUGUCGUCCCUUCAACCAGAAAGAGAAGAUGAUGAGCCACAAACAGGCCGUCAUUGUGGACGAGAAUCGUGGGACCAUAACGGUUAACAAACUGGAGACGCCCCAUGAGCCUCCUAAGACUUUCACAUUUGACACUGUGUUUGGACCAGACAGCAAACAGCUGGAUGUCUACAAUCUCACUGCCCGCCCCAUAAUUGACUCCGUAUUAGAGGGAUACAAUGGCACGAUUUUUGCAUAUGGGCAAACUGGCACAGGAAAAACGUUCACCAUGGAGGGUGUGAGAGCAGUGCCAGAACUCCGAGGGAUAAUCCCAAACUCCUUUGCUCAUGUUUUUGGUCACAUUGCCAAGGCAGAGGGUGACACAAGGUUUUUGGUUCGUGUUUCAUACCUGGAGAUUUACAAUGAGGAAGUGCGAGACCUGUUGGGCAAGGACCAGAUGCAGAGGCUAGAGGUCAAAGAAAGACCAGAUGUUGGCGUGUAUAUCAAAGACCUCUCUGGUUACGUCGUGAACAAUGCAGAUGACAUGGACAGGAUUAUGACCAUGGGCCACAAAAACCGUUCUGUCGGGGCCACAAACAUGAAUGAACACAGCUCCCGUUCUCAUGCUAUCUUCACCAUCACCAUCGAGUGCAGCGAGAAGGGUGUGGAUGGAAACCAGCAUGUGCGCAUGGGAAAGCUUCAUCUGGUUGAUCUUGCGGGCUCGGAAAGACAGGGCAAGACUGGAGCAACAGGUCAGCGUUUAAAGGAAGCGACAAAGAUUAAUCUCUCUCUCUCCACGCUGGGUAACGUCAUCUCUGCCCUGGUGGACGGCAAGAGUACACACGUGCCCUACAGGAACUCUAAACUAACCCGUCUGCUGCAGGAUUCACUAGGAGGAAACUCCAAGACCAUGAUGUGUGCAAAUAUAGGACCUGCAGACUAUAACUAUGAUGAGACCAUCAGUACCCUGCGCUACGCUAAUAGGGCUAAAAACAUCAAGAACAAAGCCAGGAUCAAUGAGGAUCCAAAGGAUGCCCUUUUGCGCCAGUUUCAGAAGGAGAUUGAGGAGCUAAAGAAGAAACUGGUGGAAGGUGAAGAGAUAUCUGGAUCAGAGGGAAGUGGAUCAGAAGAGAUGGAUGAGGGUGAUGAUGAAGGAGGGGUGGCAGGAGAAGGCCGCAGAAAAAGAAGAGACAGUGGCAGCAGCAGCAGCAGCAAUAGCUCAGAAUUUGCCUGCUCCUCCUCAGUGCCACCACCCACUGAGACAGAGGAUAAACCUCAGAAUAAAGAAAGAGGGAGGAAGAAGGUUUCUCCAGACAAGAUGGUGGAGAUGCAGGCAAAGAUUGAAGAGGAAAGGAAGGCGUUGGAGGCCAAGCUGGACAUGGAGGAGGAGGAGAGGAACAAGGCAAGGGCAGAGCUGGAGAAGAGGGAGAAGGACCUACUUAAAGCUCAGCAGGAGCAUCACCUUUUGCUGGAUAAAUUGUCGGCCUUGGAGAAGAAGGUGAUCGUGGGUGGGGUGGAUCUCUUGGCCAAGGCUGAGGAGCAGGAGAAGCUUUUGCAGGAGUCCAACAAUGAACUGGAAGAACGUCGCAGGAGAGCGGAGCGGCUGCGAAGGGAGCUGGAGGAGAAAGAGCAAGAACGUCUGGACAUAGAAGAGAAGUACACUAGUCUGCAGGAGGAGGCUCAAGGAAAGACCAAGAAGCUGAAGAAAGUAUGGACCAUGCUGAUGGCUGCCAAAUCAGAAAUGGCAGAUCUGCAGCAAGAGCAUCACAGAGAGAUUGAGGGCCUCCUGGAGAACAUCCGCCAGCUGAGUCGAGAGCUGCGUCUCCAGAUGCUCAUCAUAGACAACUUUAUUCCCCAGGAAUACCAGGAGAUGAUAGAGAAUUACGUGCACUGGAAUGAAGACAUUGGAGAAUGGCAGCUGAAAUGUGUGGCAUACACUGGCAACAAUAUGAGAAAACAGACCCCUGCUCCAGACAAAAAAGAAAAAGAUCCAUUUGAGGUGGAUUUGUCCCAUGUGUAUCUGGCCUACACAGAGGAAAGCAUGGGAUUGUCACUGAUGAAACUCAAAAAACAAAGAACCCAAAAAAAGGGAAAAGGGGCCCCCCAAAAAACUCCUCACAGGAAAAGAUCUGCAAAGCCAGAUGCUGUGAUCGAAUCCCUUCUGCAGUGAAGACAGCGCAGAGGACACCUUGGUUUCACUGCAACUUCCAUGUUACUUUAGGAAACAAAUUCAUUAGUCGAGUCUGAAGAAUUUAUUGUUCAACAUUAUUUAAAAGAUUAACUGAAUACACUGUAUAGCUGGUAUGGUUUUAAAUGUGAAUGAGCUGCACCUAUGAUAGGAUUAAGACCUCUUGGCCAAGGGGACCUGUUAUUUGUAUUAUAGUGUAAGACUGGAUGUCAUUUUAAUGUCGCUCUGGAACGCAUUUCGGUGGCAGCAGCUUCUGUUCGAAUAAAGCUCUUUUACCUUAGCACCUCUAGCAUUAAGGAGGAAUCAAGCAUAAACAUUUCACUUGCAAAUUCAUUGGUUUUUCAAAUGAGCAACACUCUGAAAUAAGAUGUUGAAAAUAGAAAUUGUGGACCUAUAAACUGCGUUCAUAUGCUCUGAAAUGGGUUGAGUGUAUUGAACACACUAAGUGUUUCGCAAUGAACACCACUUUAGUUAAGUUGUAACUUCUGUAUUACUGAUUUCCUGCUUUCAUACUAAACAGCCCAUUCUGAUAUGAACACAUUAUAAUUGAAUUCUAAUUAAUGGUUUAUUUUCACUUAAAUUACAGGAAAUGAUUAUACUCUGAGCACGAGUUGUAGCCUUAGUGGUAUUAAAUAAAAGAAAUCAUUAACAUGAAAGCGGAAAAAAGAUACAAACACUAAUGUGGAGGGAACAAGUAGAGGGGGAUAUGUAGUAUCAAGUAUGUAACUGAAUAAUGCAUUUUAUACUUUUUCUCCCUUAUGAAGCAUAGGGGCAUGCAUGCCAGCCAGCUCUUAUGUUAGUGCCAUUCGCUAUUCUAAGCAAGUCUUUUUAUUUAUUGUCAAAUAUCCGAACCCUUUGUGUUACAUUCAUUUCCACUAAACAUACUGUAUGCCUUAGUUUAAUGCACUAGUAUGAGGUUUUUGUGGGUGAUGAUUUCAUUUUAUGAUAUUCUGUAGUGGAGGCAAACUGUAGUGGAGUUUUAUUUUGUAUCAUAAUUUAUGUCAAAUGUUUACAUCCACCAAACCCCUGGAUAUUCUAUUUAUUAAAUUAUUUUACACAUUUUAUCUCA